GAUCAAACUUUGUUCAGGAUCAUUAUUAUUCAACCUAACUCCAACCUCUAAUUUGUUUUCCUAUGAGCGCUAAAUCACCAAGGUGGUCGAUCCAAACUCCACAUUCCCACAACCUUUACCCUUGCUUGGAUUUCAACAUUCAGUCCACCAGGACAUAAUAUGGCAUCUGCAACUUUUUACAGAGUCCUGCAAUUCCUUCUGCUUGGUACUUUUAUACUGGGAUGCUUUGUGACUCUGUUUUUGAUGUAUUUUAAACCAUCUACAAGCUGGUUAUCAGGUCCUGUAGAGUCAACAGUAUCCACAGACCGGGUCAAGAACCUCUUCUCCACCAAGCGCAAUAAAAACGUGACCACUGUACUGAUCUGGCUCUGGCCCUUCGGACAAACGUACGACCUGAGCGUCUGCAGCUCUCUCUUUAACAUUGAUGGCUGCUUCAUCACAGCAGACAGGAACUUCUACAAUAAGUCUGAUGGGGUCGUCAUCCAUCACCGGGACAUCAGCACUGAUCUGUCCAAUCUGCCGCCGCUCAAGCGACCAUCGUUCCAGAAGUGGAUAUGGAUGAACUUAGAGUCGCCGUCACAUUCGUCCCAGCUGCCUGGGAUAGAAAACCUGUUUAAUCUGACUCUCAAUUACCGUCAGGAUGCUGACAUUGAAGUGCCUUAUGGGUCCAUCGUAGCAGCAGAAGGGGAAGAGGAUUUUGUACCACCCAGCAAAAACAAGCUGAUCUGCUGGAUGGUGAGCAACUGGAACCAGGAUCACGUGCGCGUGAAAUAUUACAAUGAACUCUACAAACACAUUGAGGUUCAUGCAUAUGGACAGGCCUUCGGGAAAUACAUCUCUGACCAAGACUACUUCCCCACCAUCGCCAGCUGCAAGUUCUAUCUGGCGUUUGAGAACUCCAUCCACAAAGAUUACAUUACUGAGAAACUGUACAACCCGCUCAAUGUGGGGACAGUGCCAGUGGUUUUUGGCCCACCCAGGAAGAAUUACGAGAACUUUAUCCGACGAGACUCCUUCAUUCAUGUUGACGACUUCAGCUCGCCCAAGGAAUUGGCAGAUUACCUGCUGCUCCUGGACAAAAAUGAGGAAAUGUACCUCAGGUACUUUGAGUGGCGGCGACACUUUAAAGUAAAGAAGGCCUAUUUUUGGGCAGAGCACACAUGCCUGGCUUGUGAUUACUUGCGAAGGCACAAGGAAUACAAGGCAUUCAAUAACCUUGAUAAGUGGUACUGGGGCGGUUAGAGAUUUGAAGGUCAAUGUGACUCUUGUUAUAUUGUUGAAAGCAGUGCUAGUGUGUACGAGUGAUGAAUUCUCCUAUGUAUUGUUUACAAAAGUCCAAUCUGAAAGGAGUUUAACAGAGUCAUGUACUUAUUGUGUCUUUUUGAAAUUAUGUAGUUUUCAAUGCUAAUCAAACUGUUACUUAUCUUCACACACUUACACGAAUGCUGCAUUCCAGAUUUCUCGGAACUCAGAUGUCGAAAUCAGGAGUGACUUCACUCCCAAGUUAGUGUGUACAAAAAACAGCAUUUGUUUAUGUCCAUAGCAAGGUAGAGUCACUCAGGUAUCACAGGCAAUACACCACAAUAAUUGCUUUUUGUGCUUAAAAACACAUUCAUGGCUUAUUUAGUAAGUCACAAAUACACAAUAGUAGCAGGACAGAUUACAAUUUUACUACUGUGUACAUUUAAUGCCGCCGUCAUGGACCCUUAGUUUUGGUCUAUAUGGGCUGCUCCAACUUUCUAAGAGGGAAAUCCCACUUGAAGAGAUGCUCCAGAUUCAAAUUCCGACUGGGAACUCUGAAAUUCGGAUUUCCAACUUCUCCAGGCACGCACCAUCAGACAGAUGGUCAUUAUGUAUUUGUAGAUUUGAAUUGGAGAUCUUUACCCUGGUGGUAUCCGACAGAAGGUGUCACUGUUAUGUGAGAGGGAGGUUGCUGAUUAAUAUUGCUGUGAAUUGUUUAUCGUCUCUUGUAUUUUUGUCCCAGUGUUUUGGAUACCAUGUGGAUGAUGGUAGCACAGCACAGAGCCAUUGUACUGCAAUAUGAAACUCCCACACAAAUCUGUCAUUUCUGACUGACUGCAUUAAGCAGAAAGAGCACUUAAUGAGCACAUAGUAUAUCCAUUUGAUUAGGCUAUUUAUUUGAGCGAUGCACUCUCAUCACACUUUAUGACUUCAGAUAUAUAGACUGAUAUUGUUUCAUGGUUUCGGGCAGACUUUGACAUAUGGGUAAAGUAAGUAUUAACUAAGAUCUAAUGAAAUUGGCUCCCAUGUGAAGAAAAAAGUGAAAGAUGUGAUCUGUUUUCAUGCUUGCUGCAAGGUUAUCUAAGUUUUUGUAUAAUCAUCAUACCACAGUGUUGUUUGGGGAGUAAGUGUCUGCAUAUGGAAAAUGUGAUUCUCGAUUUUCUUUUUUUUCUUUUUUUAAAUAUAGCGCUACACUUCAUCCUUGAUGUGUCCACUGAUGCAAAAUAGGAUAAAACCAGUUAUUUUCUUAUGGAGUAUGGUUCCAAAUGUCAUAGUGGACCCUGCAUUUAAACAAUGUAGUGAACUGAAACAGGAAUUGUUUUUUUUUAUCUGUUUUUUGGGUGUCUUCUGUCUCCUUCAUGUUCUCUCUCUUUGCUUUUCUUUUUCUUUUUUUAUUCCACAAAAACAAAGAAAAGGAGCUUUGGCUUGUCUGUCCUCCUGUUUAAAUUUGUUUGUGGAUCGCUGCUGCACCGGAGAGUAAUUCUCUAGAUGCUAUAUGACCUGGUUUCCCUAAGAAAACGCUGUAGUGUUAGGGGUUAGGUGGGAUGUUGUUUCUCCAGAAGGUACCAUUUGAGGCCAGUUCACUGAAAUAAUCCGUUAGUAGUCCAUUUUUUUUUUGCCAUCGUUGUAUUUUGCCAGCUGCUGUGUUUUACUGUAUAUGUCUGAUAGUGU